CGGGAGGAAAGGGUUCGUUUGCAGCAAAGGGAGCGACUCUCACUCCGCUCUGUUGCUCGCGUAGCCUCAGCUGGAGCGGAAUGCAGCCUAUUUCCAGCGUGUCGGACGCGCUUUGUUAUUGUUGUGAUUGUCUGCCUGCUUAGGACGGCAUGCGUGCCGACAUGUGCUGGAGAAAUAGGUUAUAUAGGGAGUACGGUGCAUAUGGAGAGAGAGAGGGGAGGGGGGUUAUUGUAACACUGAAUACCCACAAAACUGAGGCCAUAUGAUAAUGCGCGUGCGGGGGCUCUGUGUAUGCUUAAUCCCAUUUCCUUAUCCGGGGUUUGUCCUGGAGGCUCGCCAUUGGCCGGCCGCCGUCACAUGGCUUCUUAACUUUGUUCACUUGACAGAAAAGUAGGAGGGUUCAGGGGAACAGGAAUAACCGAAGAGUAAAGGGAUGAGAUAUAAAUUUUAGUUAUAUAUUUUCCGAGUAGGUGCAAUUCCACAAAAAGACUGAAAUUAAUGGCCAUGAGCUCCUAUUUGAUCAACUCCAACUAUGUGGACCCGAAGUUCCCACCGUGCGAGGAAUACUCACAGAGCGACUAUCUACCCAGCCACUCUCCGGACUAUUACAGCUCUCAGAGGCAAGAGCCUGCUGCCUUUCAGCCGGACUCCCUCUACCACCACCAUCAACACCCACACCACCAGAACCACCACCAGCAACGAGCCGAGCCUCCCUACACGCCGUGCCAGCGCUCAGGGCAGCCCGCGUCGGUGGUGAUGUCCCCUCGGGGUCACGUCCUCCCACCGGCCGGACUGCAGACCACCCCCGUCCCGGAGCAGAGUCACCGCUGCGACUCGGUGACACCCAGCCCGCCUCCACCUCCGUCUUGCGGUCAAACGCCCCACAGCCAAAGCACUUCUUCCCCCGCGAGCACUCGUAAGGACCCCGUUGUCUACCCGUGGAUGAAGAAAGUCCAUGUAAACAUCGUGAGUCCAAACUACACAGGGGGCGAGCCGAAGCGGUCGCGGACGGCCUACACGCGCCAGCAAGUCCUGGAGCUCGAGAAGGAGUUCCACUACAACCGAUACCUGACGCGCAGGCGCAGGGUGGAGAUAGCCCACACACUGUGCCUGUCAGAGCGGCAGAUCAAGAUCUGGUUCCAGAACCGGAGGAUGAAAUGGAAGAAGGACCACAAGCUGCCCAACACAAAGGUCCGCUCCGGGACAAACAGCAGCAACACAAACUCCCAGGCCCUAACCGGUUCUCAGAACCGCUCUACCGGACCCCUAUAGCCCGGUACUUUGGCUCUUUGUCUGACGCGUGUCCUCCGUUUUCCUACUUAUUUCCCAAAAUGAACGCCGAACCGGCAACCACGCUUGUAAUCACCGGAACCUGCACUUUGGACCGGAAUAACGCUUUCACUGUGGAGAGAGGAAUGGAUGUCUCUGCCGCCUGUAUGGCCCUGAUUUGUGCUGAUGUUACACACUAUAAUAUGAGAUGGGAGGGGUGGAAGGGGAGAUUUCCCAUUCAUAAAAAAAACAAGAUGAGCAAAACAGGCCAAGACGGAAACAUAGGGAAAUGAAAAAAAAAAAAAGAUGCGGUCGCUUCUUUGCUUUCAUCCCUGCCAUUCUCGCUCUGCUUCUCCUUCUCUGCUUUUAUAUUUCUGUCUUUUUAUACCCCCUCUCUCCUCCAUAUGAGAGAGCAGAAGACGGUAGGCUGAAUAUAAUGUGCUCGAGCGUGUGUGGUUCCUUUCCUUCUUUUUUUCUAUUCGAGACUUUUUUUUUUUUUUUUUUUUUUUUUUUUUUUGGUGAAGAUGGAUCCUCGUUUUCAUCUUUAAUCAUGCCAAACUCGGGCCCCAUUUGUCAUGUUUACUCUGCGGGUACAAAGCAAAGGGGUGAACCGCGGCUCUGCCCAUUAGCCUACAACCCCCCCCACCUCCCUCCACCCCCCCCAUACCGCUCCCCAAACCACUACCCUUCACCCUCCCAUCCCACUCAAACACUCACACACGCACGUGUAAUAAAUGGAACUCUCAUUUCGUCAAGAGAAGUAUUCUUACACACACACACACACACACACACACAUAUUACACAACCUACACGUGCUCACAUCCCUCUGUCCCAGCUCAUAGUAUUUUAACAUCAAAGAUAACCUCUGGUAUGGAUACAAAAUGACACCAGACAGUUAUUUUUUCUCGCUGUUAUAACUGAUGUUAUUAUUUCCGGUUUGUUUCCUGACAAACUAUAACUUUUUUUUUUUAAUUUUAAGUAUAGUUAUUUUUGAAUUCAGUGUUGAUUGUGAGAUGAUACGCGCGGUCAUUGUGAGAAUGACGAGCGUUUCUGUGGUCCGUUGAUUGUUCACUUUGUGAUGUUGUACACAGGGAAACAGACUGACAGGGUGAUUAAAGUGAAAUAGUUAAUUUACGAACAAAGAACACUAAUAUUCAAACAAAAAGUCCUGGUACGAAUAGCUCAAGAACACAUUAUAAACGCAGCACUAUACAAUGUACUACCUAUUACCUCAGCUGUACUUAUAUAUAUUAUUUUUUUUUUGUAAGCUUAUUUUCUCUUAUUCGUUGAAUGAAGUGACAGCUUCUCGAGCUUUUAUAUUUUUUAAAUUGUGUGACGAGUUAUUAUAAUAAUUAUUAUUAUUACCUGCAAUACAAAAAGCGCUAUUCAUUUCUUGUAUGUGAAACAAAAGUUAUUUAAUUAUAAGUAAUUGUUCUAGCCAGAGACAUUCAGAAAAAUAAGGAGCCGUUUAUUGCAUGUCUGAAUGGUGUGGAUUCGUUUUUUCUCUCUUUUCCUCGUCGUCUCAUCUUUUCUUUCCGCACAUUAAAUGCGCGCACACUUCCUUUUUCUCCCGUUUUCUCUUUUUUCUCUUUGCCUCUCCUCUUCUGUCUGUUUAUUUCUCCAUGUGCCACUUUGUUUUUAUCCUGUAAGUUUUUUUUUUACAUUCCAAAGAUCAGUUUUUAUCGUUAUUGAUGAUGAUGAUAUGUACUGAAAAUGGUAUUGUUGAAAACGUGUUACCUCCCCCGAUAUGUAAGUUGCUCCUCUCUCUGCUAAUGUCUACUCAGUGUCUACCUUCUUCUUAUUUGUAAAUAGUC